GCAAGAGAGGGAAGGCAAGGAAGAGAGCAAGAAAGAGAGAGAGAAUGUAUGGUGAAAGGGUAACGCUUCCUUGCUUAAUUUCAGGGCCUUUGUAAAAAAAACAUGGGAUGUAUCGGCUCCAGGACACUCACGGCGGAUGGAGUUCCAGUACAGAAGGAUGGAGAACAGCAUGGGCGUACAGAAUUUUCAUGGGAAGGAAUCAAUCUUUCUAUGGAAGACACCACCUCCAUCCUGCCCCGGCUGAAGCGAAACUCCAAUGCCUACGGAAUCGGGGCUCUGGCUAAGUCCUCUCUGUCAGGUGUGUCAGGUGUGACGCGGUCCAUGAAGGACAAAGUCACAAAACCCACAGCGAUGGCCCAGGGCCGCGUCGCUCACAUGAUCGAGUGGCAGAGCUGGGGCAUGCACACAGUAGGGGCAGGGAGCGCGGGCCGCACCAACCUGCACCGCGAGCGUGAGAGGAAGCUGGAGAACGACGCCUACAGCGACCUGAGCGACGGCGAGAAAGAGGCGCGCUUCGCAGCCGGUGUGAUGCAACAGUUUGCUAUCUCCGAGGCGACCUUGCUGGCCUGGACCUCCAUGGAUGGGGAGAGUCUGAGUGCCGGGUCCAAUCAGGGAAGCGUUGCUCACCUCAGCGAGGUCAAUCAGGAGAGUAUCACCAGCCGAGACCAGAUAUUGCACCACUCCUCUGCCGAAGUUUGGCCACAUACAUACGUCUCGCAGGGCCUCUAUUGUCUCUCUUCUUCUGACGCCUGGGAGCCAAUCAGCAACGAGCCGUCGGGCGUGGCCUCUCCCGCCACUGGCUCCUAUGUGAUGGCGGGUGGGACUUCGUGUGAGGGAUACGACGGGAAUGCAGCCCACUUUAUAUCCCAGCAGCAGCAGCAGCAGCAGCAGUUCAACUUACAGCAGAGUCAAUUACAGCAAAUACAGCAGCUGCAGCAAAUACAGCAGUACCAGCAACAGCAACUACUUCAAUAUCAGCAACAGCAGGUCCUGGAGCACAGGCUACACAGUGCCACGCACUCCCUGCAGGCCACGCCCAACAGCACCAUCCACAGUCUGCCUGCCCCCACCCAUCCCCCACUCGUCGAUUUGUGGGGGGCGGGGCAAGCAGAGGCCUAUCAGGCGGAGGUUGGUGGGUAUGUGGGCGUGUCAGCUAUGGAGGGAGCCGUGACAGCAGCUUCCGGAGAAGAGGCAAGCACAGAGAACGCCCCCCUAUUGGAACAGCAAGAAGAGGAGGAGAUCAAGGAGGAAGAGGUAAUGCUGUGUAUGGAGCCUGAGCCUGUGACCUCAACCUCACCUGCUCCAAGAGAGGAAGUUAACAGUGCUGGGGGCAGCAGUCCGGGGCAAGCACCAGGGGAUCCAAUCACAGAACGGAAGGCCUCUGAUGUCACCUCUAGUGUAUCUCAAUCACUGGAUGAGAAGGACGAAGAGGCAGAGGAGGAGUCAGCCGUUGUCCCGGCAACCAACUGAGUGACUGGUGUUUGAAAGAGACUGGCUGUCAUAGUGAAGAACAUUUUGAGAGUAUUUAUCAAAUAUGAAUCCAUUCAAUAUGUUCCUUUCCAGGUAUCAAACAACUGUGUGACGGAAAACAUUACAGAAACUAUUUCAUGCAAAGAAAUGAUGG